GGCCGGUCGGGGGCGGUGCUGCAGUAAGCGGACGGACGCAUGUGCGAAACAGUGGCGCUCAGCCGGCCGCAGCAGAGCCUAUAAAACAACCCCGCCCUCUCCACGGAGCUGUCAGAGCGCUUGUGAACUGCGGCUUGCAUCCACGAAAGAACACUUCCGCGACAUCCCAGGCCGUACUGCUUCCUGCAGCCGCUGUUUUCUACAAGUGGGAUACGCAUAGACGAAAGGCAGCAAUGGCGACGGAAGCUUCUACCGAGCCCGAGGCAGUCGUGGGGUCUGCUCCGGUCACCGAACAUCUCGUGGUAUCCGAAGACAAGCCAGCUGCUGUGGAGCAGCACGCGUCCUCGGAAGCGAAAGCUGAGGAGCCAGCUGCUAAGCCUGCAGAGACUGUGCAGGACGCACCCGUUUCUGAGUCCACGAAAGACUCGGACUCUUCUGCUACGACUGAAUCACAGGAGGAAGACAAACAGAGCGACAAGCCGGAAAGUCAGCAGGCACAACCCGCCGCGCCAGAACCUUCCAAGCCGGACGCUACCGGCAGCGAACCCUCACCUGCUGCGCAUACGGCUCCUGCUGCAAAUACCGCACCUGCUGCUGAAGUGACGGCUUCCACCACGGACCCCACAGACACAAGCAAGUCCGAAGCCAAGGCUUCCACCACGGACCCCACAGACACAAGCAAGUCCGAAGCCAAGGCUGAGGACGCGAAGGCGGACACCACCGUUGACCAGGUCGCCGACCAGCUGAAGGACCUUGUCGUGAAGGACGAGACCGACCCGAAGAAGGCUGACGAGACCAAGCCAUCGGAGUCUGAGAAGCCCGCGUCUUCGGAGGUCGCCGCGCAAGGCGACGUCUCGCCAAAGGCGCCUGAAGCAGACAAGCCCGCGUCUUCAGAGGCCGCCGCGGAAGGCGAUGUCUCGCCAAAGGCGCCUGAAGCAGACAAGCCCGCUGCCGAAGGCGAAGAAAAGGGAAAGAAGCGGCGUUGCGUCAUAGUUUAGUUUAAUAUAGGUUAGGUAUUCACUAUUUAUAUGAACAUCCUUUUUACAAAGUGUUCUUUAAUAAACCUUUUUACACUCCGCC